AUGGCUGGACUGCUGGAGAAGCCACUCAGGAUGAAGAAGUCCAAGGAUCAUAUGGAUCUUGCUGCUAUGCGGUAUCAUCAGUAUGAGAUGAAGGUUUCACCCAUGCCGAUACAAUCAAUGCGAGGCCUUCUUCUUGACAGAAUCCAUUUUGUAUAUCUCAAAGCAAUUUCUGCUUUGCCAAUUGAAGAUUUCUGGAGUCGGCACCACCGUGGCCUCCUCAAGGCCGGUUACUGUUAUGGUCCAUUCAAUCCUAUCUUCAAUAUCAUUGUCAAUUCAAUCCUAUCUUCAAUAUCAUUGUCAACACUAUCUGGUAUGACACCGCAUUCCCUGCACCAAAAGAAUUCAAGCUCGACAUGA